ACUGUCUGCUCUUAUCUCCAGUCCUGCCUCUGCGAUGCAAGUCACGGUGCAGAACCCAUUCAAUGUGGUCAUCCUAUUUCAACCUGUCACUCUCCAGUGCAACUACCAGACUUCAGCCACCCAACCACCUAUUGUCACGUGGAAGUACAAGUCUUACUGCCGGAGCCGCCUGGCAGAUGCCUUUAACCCCAGCAGCCAGGACAGCCAGAUCACCAACCAGCUGCAGCAGAACAACCCUGGAUACAACCCAUACGUGGAGUGCCAGGACAACUCCAGGACGGUGCGGGUUGUAGCUACCAAGCAAGGCAAUGCAGUGACCCUUGGGGACUUCUACCAGGGCCGGCGCAUCACCAUCACCAAUAAUGCUGAUCUCAGCAUUGACCAGACAGCUUGGGGAGACAGUGGGGUGUACUACUGCACAGUGACUUCCAAUCAAGACUUGCAAGGCAACAACGAAGCCUACGCUGAGCUCAUUGUUUUGGGCAAAUCCUCCGGUGUCUCAGAGCUUUUGCCAGGCUUUCAGAUAGGGCAUAUGGAAGACUGGCUCUUUGUCGUCCUGGUGGUGUUAGGGUUCUUUCUGGUCUUAAUGCUUUUUGGGAUCUGCUGGUGUCAGUGCUGCCCUCACACCUGCUGCUGCUACGUCCGAUGCCCCUGCUGCCCUGAGAAGUGCUGCUGCCCUGAAGCACUCUACCUUGCAGGAAAAGCUGCAACUUCAGGGGUCCCCAGUGUUUAUGCACCCACCAUCUAUGCAUCCAGUAACCAUCUGAAGCAGGGGCCCCCACCCACGGUGAUCCCCAUGGGUGCAAUGCCUGCCAUAUACAAUGGUUAUGGAGUGGAUUACGACAGAGCCAGUUCAGUUGGUGGGAACAGCUCCCAGGUGCCCCUCCUGAGGGAUACAGAUAGUAUUGCAAAUGCUGCUGUGCGCAGCGGCUAUCGCAUCCAAGCCAACCAGCAGGAUGACUCCAUGCGGGUGCUCUACUAUAUGGAGAAGGAGCUGGCCAACUUUGACCCCACCCGCCCGGGCCAGCCUAAUGGGAGGCUUGAGAAAGCCUCCGUGAUGAGCGAACUGAGCUCUCUGCAUGAGGACGAUCGGCGCUACGAAUUGCGGCAGGGGCUGGGGCGGCUGCGAGGCCAGGCCAUGUCUCCCAUCAGCGACGUGGAAGAGGAGAGCAUGCGGAGCAGCGAGACUAGGCGCUUGCUACCCCCCUUGCGGCGCGGCCACUACGAGGACCCUCCGUCGCGAGGCUAUGGUCGGCGGCCCCGAUCCCGCUCAGUGGAUGCUCUCGAUGAUUUGGACCGGGACCCUUAUCCAGACCGGCCCAGGAGCCGCGGCCGACGUGGCUCCGAUGAUGACGAGUGGCACCGCCGCGACUAUUCCCCGGACUCCCGCGACGACUAUGACCGCUACGGCGGACGGCGCAGCCGGAGCAGGGAUGACCUGAGGGACCUGGACCGAUCGCACUAUGAUGACCGGAUCCUGCAGGAAGCGCUGCGGCGGAAGCAGAAGGCAGGCGGCCGUGAGGACCGGGAUCAUGCCAGCACAUCGAGUGGGAGGCUCGGCAACAAGAGAAACGGAGAUGAUGAUAGUGGGUUUCCGCCGCCGCCACCUCCGUACACGGAGACAGAGUCUGUUUCUUCCCGUGGGAAGAAUGACCGCAAGCUCCGGAGGAAUCAUGCUGUCAGCAGGGAAAGUUUGGUAGUUUAACCCUUUCCAUACCUCUGCCUUGGGUGGAUGAGAGAAGUCCUGUGCCUUGGACAGCUAUAGCAACUGUGUCUUGGCUUGUUGAUAUGAGCUUUAUUCACCUGGAGUCUAUAAAGUGGAGCAAGUGGAGCUUUCGUGUGUGCCCAGCUGACAACAGGAACUGGUCGACUGGACAAGACUUAAGAAAUGGACCUCUUGGUGCCUUAGGUUUACCUUCAUUGCAAAUCAGCUGAGAAUCUUAAGAAGUUUGCACUGCAGGAGAACUUCUAAGAUCUUUUUUUGGGUGCUCCUUUUAAAUUUGAGGCCUGGUUUUAUUUUUUAUGUAGCGUUCAGGAGGGCACUUGAACGUGAUCCUACAGUACUGUACUGGAAAUGGAAACCAGUGGUCUUAUUCUGCCAAAAGGAGAUCUUCCUCUUCCCCUUACCUUUUUGAAUAAUUUUGAAGCUGAUUCCAAAGAGAAUCUACUCGAACUACUACAUUUUCCACAUAGGUUUUUGAAGUGCUUUAAACACAUUUUUUUCUUUUCUUUUUAUUUUUUUAUUCCAUAAAAUUUAUGUACUGCUUGAUUGUAAAAAACAACCUCAAAAGCAGUUUAUGAAAGUGGUUUAUACAUGAGCUGUGUGAUUUUGUGUGUGCGCGCGUGAAAGAUUUUUUCCCCUUUGUAAAUAAAGUAUAGACUGCCAGUGCUGUAAAUAUUCUAAGGCAGGUUUGGGAAACCUGUGGCCUCUCAGAUGUUGCUGGACUACAAAUUCCAUCACCCCUGACAAUUUGCUGCAUUGGCUGGGGCUGACAGGAGUCUUAACAACAGCAGCAUCACUAUAGGCUCCCCAUCCUUGUUUCUAGACCGCAAAGAGCUUAUAAUUUUGUUGAGAUUGCUGUUUUAUAGAAAUGAAAAUAAAACGAGUAGGAUUGAAUUCUU